UUUGAGGGACAGGCAUGCCCGAGUCGCACGCUGUCAGCGGCCAUCACGGUGCUGUACGCAGUUUGUGUGACUGCUGAAGCUCCAGCUCUGGGCCCAGUCACUUCCCCAGGGCCCAGCAGCAGCGGGCGCGAAGGGGAUAUUCCGAGGGUGCCCUGGGAGCUCAGGAUCGCCCGAGUCCGGCCGUCCUCGCGCAGGUUAGCAGAGCAACGCGCGGCAGCGCCCUCUAGCGGCUGUAGACGGCAGCGCUCUUGGGGGCUGAGCGAUCGGACCGCGCUCUGGAGGUAGGCCGUGAGAACAAGGCAUUUCUCGCGAGAGCGGGACCACUAUUUGGGCGCAUGCGCGAGCUCCGGUAGUCUCUUUUCCGGUUACCGCGGCGCGAGCGACCAUGAGCAGCAAAGUCUCUCGCGACACCCUGUACGAGGCGGUGCGGGAAGUCCUGCACGGGAACCAGCGCAAGCGCCGCAAGUUUCUGGAGACGGUGGAGCUGCAGAUCAGCCUCAAGAACUAUGAUCCUCAGAAGGACAAGCGCUUCUCUGGCACCGUCAGGCUUAAGUCCACCCCCCGCCCCAAGUUCUCCGUGUGUGUCCUGGGGGACCAGCAGCACUGCGAUGAGGCCAAGGCUGUGGACAUCCCCCACAUGGACAUCGAGGCGCUGAAGAAGCUCAACAAAAAUAAGAAGCUGGUCAAGAAGCUGGCCAAGAAGUAUGAUGCCUUCUUGGCCUCAGAGUCUCUUAUCAAGCAGAUCCCACGUAUCCUUGGCCCGGGCCUAAAUAAGGCUGGCAAGUUUCCUUCCCUGCUGACACACAACGAAAACAUGGUGGCCAAAGUUGAUGAGGUGAAGUCCACAAUCAAGUUCCAGAUGAAGAAGGUUCUAUGUCUGGCUGUGGCCGUAGGGCAUGUGAAGAUGACAGAUGACGAGCUGGUGUACAAUAUCCACCUGGCUGUUAACUUUUUGGUUUCAUUGCUCAAGAAGAAUUGGCAGAACGUCCGGGCUUUGUACAUCAAGAGCACCAUGGGCAAGCCCCAGCGCCUGUAUUAAGGCACAGUCUAAUAAAUCCUAAUGCUGCCAUCCCU